AUGUUUCCAGUUGUUCCAACAUUUAUAUCAUCACCCGAGAAUGUGACUGUACUAGCAGGGACUCAGGCUGGUUUACGAUGUGCUGCUUCAGCUGCACCUGUCUCAUUUAUUGAAUGGAGGAAAAAUGAAGACAUCCUAACAAACAACAGCAGAUAUAUGAUAGUUGCAUCAUCGACUUCCACAUCUCCACUUUUUGGAAGACCGUUGAUAACAACGUCAAACAUGACUAUUACUGGCAGCCAUUACACUGAUGCUGGUAUUUACUUUUGUCGUUCUAUUAAUGCGGUUGGACAAGUUGACAGCAGGGAGUCACGUCUAGUUGUUCAAGUUUCGCCAAAUUUUACUGCACAGCCACUAUCUCAAAUUCGUAACAUGACUGAUUUGGUGAUGUUUACUUGUGCAGCCACUGGAGUUCCAGAACCAAAUAUUACAUGGCAAACAACAGGAGGAGCUAUUAUUUCUCCUUUAGCAAUAAACGAUAUUGUGUUGGGUUCAGAUAGCACUCUCUACACGACAACAAGUCGUCUUACAAUUAGCAACAUCCAUAAAAGCUAUGAUGGUGAUUUUGUUUGUACUGCAUCGAAUGACAUAGAACCAUCUGUAAUGUCCAACAGUGCAACUUUGACAGUUCAAGUAAAACCAACUGUUGUUGCUGUGAACAAAACACUUGCUGGUGUUGAGAACUUUAGUCUUAUGCUGUCUGUCUACAUUCGUAAUGCAUUUCCAGCAGUAAAGGCAGAAAGUAUAAUUUGGACAAACUCAACUAGUGGUGAUCCUUUCAACACUGGCACUAGUCUCAGUGGUCCAGAACCUUUCUAUCAAUCAUAUGAUAGUAUGAACGUGGUUGCUAGCUUGUUAGUAAAGAACAUCAACUUGGAUUCAGGUGGUGGAUACAGGUGCACAGCAACUAAUGAGGCUGGAUCUGGAAGUGAAGUAGUUGUAAUAUCUAUACAAGGUCCUCCCAAGUUUGGAGAGAGACCAAGUGACACAAAUGUUCUUGUUGGUGACACUGCUAUUUUGCACUGUCAAACAUUUAAUGAGCCAGUUGCCAACUACGUUUGGCAAAAGGGAGACUUGACUGUUUCUGAUGGUUCUGAUUCUCGAUUCAGUUUUAGUGAGCCUGCAACAAGUGAUGGAACACUGGUUAUUGCUAAUGUGACAUAUGAUGAUUGUGGAGAGUAUAAGUGCACUGCAACAAAUAUACAUGGAGUUGUGGCUGCUAGUGCUAUGCUCAAUGUCCAAGUCCCACCUGUAAUCACAUCACCUCCAGUUUCACAGACGACCAUUGAGCCAGGUAUCACUGUGUUUAGUUGCAUUGCAUUCGGUCAACCUCCUCCCAGUAUUUCAUGGAAGAGAACAGUAGCUGAGAGUUCUGUCGAAGAGACUCUGACAGUCAGUGGAAGAUUUUCUAUUGACUCUAAUACCUCACUCAUUAUUACAUCGACAAGAUAUGAAGAUAGAGGGACGUAUACAUGUAUUGCAAUGAACAAUCUAGCUGAAAUGAAGAUGGACAAAUCGAGCACUCAGUUGUUUGUAAAUGUUUAUCCAAAUAUUACGACAUCACCUCAGAACACAACAAUUGUGUCUCCAAGUGAUAUUGCUCUUAAUUGUGAAGCAAUUGGUUUUCCUAUACCAAGUUUAUCGUGGCAACACGAUGGUCAAGAUAUUUCUCCAAAUGAUCAGAAACAAAGUGUUCAAACCAACCAGAUAAUGUCUGAAAUCAAAGUGAAAUCAAAUUUACUUAUUAGAAGAUCAGAAUUCAGAGACAGAGGAAUGUACAGAUGUCUUGUCAGCAAUUUGUUAGGGCACAAUGAAGCAAGCAGUGUUGUUACUGUUCAAUAUAUUCCAUCAAUUAUCAUCAGUCCAAUUUCAAAGGCUGUGAGGAAGCCAGACGUUGUGUCAUUGCAGUGUAAAGUAGCAGGUUUUCCACCACCAUCAAUUGAAUGGGUAAUGAACAAUGAUACAAUGCUUCCUAACACAUACAAAGUUAAUAAAGCAACAGAGGUGGACAACACUGGAGUGCCAACUCUUUCAAGCAAUUUAACACAAAGAAUAUCUUGCAAAGUGUAUCAUCAAGACCUGUUCAACUCACUGUAUUGGCUCAUAGCUGAAAUUACGUAUGAGCAACUACUAUUUUUUGCUGUAGAGGCACCAUUUGCACCUAUCAACAUUAUCGCUACUGAUGUGACGUCAACAUCUGUUUCACUGAAGUGGAGUCCUUCUUUUGAUGGCAAUAGUGCAAUAGUUCAAUUCAUUGUUCAGUAUGCUGGUGGUAUUGACAACACAAAAUGGUCAGCUGGUGAGAACACUAACAGCCAACAGCCAUUGUAUGUUGUCAAAAAACUACAUCCAUAUGCAAACUACACGUUUAGAGUGGCAGCCACAAAUUCUAUAGGAACAGGUGACUUCAGCAAUUCUUCUUCUGUGGCUCUCACAAGCCAAGACAAGCCGUCAGGAACUCCAAAAAUUAUUUCUGUAUUGGCUGAAAGCUCCAACUCAAUCAGGAUUAGAUGGUUAGUCGUGCCAUUCAAUGAACGAAAUGGCAUAAUAACACAACAUCGAGUGGAGAUUCGUGAACGAAUUAUGGCGCAAAGUCUGCUACCUCCUUUCUAUCGCACUGCCACAGAAGAGGACUCGAUCGUGGUGACUGGUUUGAAGCGCUACACAACGUAUAGCUUUCGUGUCGAAGCCUCAACCGCUGUUGGUAGGGGCAAUUUCAGUUUAUCCAAAGAGGGAAGAACGCAUGAUAAUGCUGCUCGUCCUACUUUACGUGCAGAAAAGUCUGUUGUCAUUGUGCCGAAUGGAUCUACUGCAGUUCUUCACGUGACAAUUCCACCAGUUUAUCCCAAUGUUCCUAACAAUGCUGCGAACAGAACAUGGUCUGGUCCUUCAGGAGUGAUUACUACAACAAACAAGUUUUUCUUGUCGACAGAUCGUUAUCGUUUGGCAAUUCAAGAUAUUGGUCCAAAUGACACUGGACUUUACACAUUUACAGCUGCAAAUACAGUCGGCAGCGCAACUGUUACAAUUAAGCUUGCUUUACAAGGAUUUCGUCCGACUGUGGAAGCCGUAAACUCGAUCGUUGCGGUACCAAAAGGAGUUACCGCUGCUCUUCGAGUGACAGUCUCAGCAGCAUCACCUGCUGUUCCAAACAAUCCUAGCAACAGAACAUGGUUUGGUCCUGCAGGAGUGAUUAGAGAAAGUGACAAGUUCGAAGUCUCGUUGAACCGUUAUACUCUCAUAGUUUAUGAAAUUGAACAAAGCGAUGUUGGAAUCUACACUUUUACAGCUACCAAUACUGCCGGAAGUACAAAGGUUGCAAUAAGUCUUACAAUAGCUGCUCUUCCCACUGUAACUGCGGUAAAGUCAGCUGUCAUUGCACCUCAAGGAUCUACUGCCGUCCUUCAAGUAACAGUCUCAGGAGCUUCACCCGAUGUUCCCAACAAUGCUGAUAACAGAACAUGGUUUGGUCCUUUGGGAAUGAUUACACAAAACAGCAAAUAUAGCUUUUCAUCAGAUCGUUAUAAUCUUACAAUCACGCAAUUUGACGCUCAUGAUGUUGGAACUUACACUUUUAAAGCGUCUAAUGACGCUGGCAGUGUCACAGUUACUCUAGAACUUAUACUAGAAGGUACACCUGAAUCAAGCGCUAAUUUGACUGGCAUAAUAGCUGGAACAUGUAGUACAUUAUUGGCACUCGUUGUCUUUGUUAUUGUUUUCGUUUUCUGCUUUAUGAGAUAUAAACAUUUUGCUGUACGAAACAAUCAAGCGGAUUUUGAUAACUCCUCUGCUCCUGACACGUCUAAAUAUUUGGCUGGGCCUGGCACACCUUCAAUAAAACUGAAAAAACUCUCUACCACACAAGGCAAUGAAACUUUGACCUCCAGCAGGCUUUACGGCAUGCUUUCCAAUGGGGAAGGUUCGCAGUCCGAGCCUGUAUACGCUGCCGUAGAAGAUCGUACGGAAGUGUCCGAAUCUGCAAAGGCUGCGUUGCGUGAUACUUUGACAGCAAACACAGCUUACUCACAACCCAACGCAGUUCAGGAACAACAGACUGAAGAGGAGGAGACAGAUCUUACCUACGAGACUUUUCAGUCUGACUAAUAGAAGCAUUGCUUCGUGCUUGAACUUUAACGAAAACUCUUUCCUAACCUAAACUCUACUUCCGAAAGAGAUUCAGUGAUCAUUUCUUAUACAUAUAGUUGUCGACUACAUAUCUAACAUUGCUGAUGAAAUGGAGUCAUUUGCUGCAGCCAAACGUUAAGUUUAGAGCUGCUUUGGUGUGAAACAAUUUUAUUGCAUACGGGUCAUUGGAAAUAGCAAUGACGUCUUUUACACUUUUUUACUGGUGUACACAUGCUUACU